CUCAAAUUUUAGCAGGGCCCGGACGCCUGUCGGCGAGUUCCGCGGGCCGGGCCUGCUGGACUUUUCCUCUCGCUGGCACGGGCAGCGGUCCAACAUGAGCCAGGUUCUGUUCCAGGAACUAGUCCCGCUGCAGGUGAAAUGCAAAGACUGCGAGGAGAGGAGAGUAAGUGUUAGAGUGAGCAUUGAACUACAAUCAGUUUCUAAUCCAGUUCACAGAAAGGAUUUAGUUAUCCGUCUGACUGAUGAUACCGAUCCAUUUUUUCUAUAUAACCUUGUUAUAUCUGAGGAAGAUUUUCAGAGUUUAAAAUUCCAGCAAGGCCUUCUGGUAGACUUUUUAGCUUUCCCACAAAAAUUUAUUGAUCUCCUUCAGCAGUGUACUCAAGAACAUGCCAAAGAAAUUCCAAGGUUUUUGCUGCAGUUAGUUUCUCCAGCAUCUAUUUUGGAUAACUCCCCUGCCUUCUUAAAUGUGGUAGAGACCAAUCCUUUUAAGCAUCUCACACACUUAUCACUAAAACUUUUACCUGGAAAUGAUGUGGAAAUAAAGAAGUUUUUAGCCUGCUGUUUGAAAAGUAGCAAGGAAGAAAAAUUAUCAUUGAUGCAAUCACUAGAUGAUGUUACUAGGCAACUGAAUUUUACACAGAAGACCUUAUCAGAAAAAAUCCAAGAAUUAGAUAAGUUACAGAAUGAAUGGGCAUCACACACAGCUGCAUUGUCAAAUAAACAUUCCCAGGAACUAACAAAUGAGAAAGAAAAGGCCUUGCAGGUACAGGUACAAUAUCAACAGCAGCAUGAACAACAGAAAAAAGAUUUAGAAAUCCUCCAUCAACGAAACAUCCAGCAACUACAAAACAAGUUAUCUGAGUUGGAAGCAGCUAAUAAAGACCUAACGGAAAGGAAAUAUAAAGGAGACUCUACCAUCAGAGAACUGAAAACAAAAUUGUCUGCUGUUGAAGAGGAGCUCCAGCGGGCUAAGCAAGAAGUCCUCUCUUUGCGAAGAGAAAAUUCUACCCUAGAUGCUGAAUGCCAUGAAAAAGAAAAGCAUAUUAAUCAGCUACAAACAAAAGUGGCUGUUUUAGAACAGGAAAUCAAGGAUAAGGACCAGCUUGUUUUAAGAACAAAAGAAGCAUUUGAUACAAUCCAGGAACAAAAGGUGGCUUUAGAAGAAAACAGUGAGAAAAAUCAGGUACAACUAGGAAAACUUGAAGCUACAAUAAAAUCAUUAUCAGCGGAACUUCUUAAGGCGAAUGAAAUUAUCAAGAAGUUGCAGGGGGAUCUGAAAACUUUAAUGGGUAAAUUGAAACUGAAAAAUACAGUAACUAUUCAGCAAGAGAAACUCUUGGCUGAGAAGGAAGAAAAAUUACAAAAGGAACAAAAGGAAUUACAAGAUGUUGGACAGUCUCUCCGAAUUAAAGAACAAGAGGUAUGCAGAUUACAAGAACAAUUAGAAGCUACAGUUCAAAAACUUGAAGAAAGCAAACAACUUCUAAAAAAUAAUGAAAAGCUAAUCACAUGGUUAAAUAAAGAGCUAAAUGAAAAUCAGCUAGUAAGAAAGCAAGAUGUAUUGGGCCCUUCCACCACUCCACCUGUACACUCGAGCAGCAACACAAUCAGAAGUGGGGUUUCUCCUAACUCUCACGUGGUUGAUGGUAGACUUACGUACCCAGCCUGUGGGGUUGGUUAUCCUGUCUCCUCUGCAUUUGGAUUCCAGAAUACCUUUCUUCAUCCUAUAUCUACCAAAAAUAACAUCCAUCCAGUUUCUGGACCAAAGGUUCAGUUUAACUUGCAGUUUACAAAACCAAAUACAUCACUAGGAGAUGUUCAAACAGCAACAACUAUUAAUAUGCCUUGCUCAAGUGAUAAGGAAAAUGGUGCAAAUUUAGGGCUGGAACCCAAAUAUCUGAAGAAAAGGGAAGAUAGCAUUCCUUUACGUGGACUCAGCCAAAAUCUGUUCGGUAACCCAGACCAUCAGAAAGAUGGCACUUUCGGAGCAGUACAGACAUCUUCAAAGCCCCCGGCGCUUCCUUCUGCACCAUCGGCCUAUUUCCCUGGGCAGUUAGCGAACAGUUGAUGCUAGUGUGACCUUUUGCUCUUUAUUGAAAUUUUAGAGAUUCACACAGUUUAAAAAUAUAUGAACAGCAUAGAUCAUAUCCUAAGCCAACAAGUUUCCAAGUUUACUUGAGCUUAACGUAUUAGAUCGUUUGGAUCUUUUUUAAGGACCGGUCGUUUAUGCCAAGCUAGAGGAGCCCAGGUGUGCCUGGGAGAUUGAGGAAAUGACACUUUUUAGUUUGUGAACGCCGUGUUUUUAUAGAAUAAUAUGAAUUUUAUUAAACGAAUCCUCAGAAAUCUCAGAAAUUCUAAGGAGGGAGUUGAUCCUUAUAAGGGACAUUCUAGUCAUAGAGUAUAUGGGUAAAUGAAAACCUCAGGCAUG